GGGGUCUCGCCGGACAUGAUGAAGCUGAUUGUGGAGUACGCCUACACACGGACGGUGCCUGUCACCAGCGACAACGUGGAGCGGCUUCUGGCUGCUGCCGACCAGUUCAAUAUCCUGGGGAUCGUGCGAGCCUGCUGCGAGUUUCUGGAGUCUCAGCUCUGUCUGGAGAACUGCAUUGGGAUCUGCAAGUUCACCGACUAUUACUACUGCCCAGACCUGCGGCACAAAGCCUACAUGUUCAUCCUGCACCACUUCGAGGACAUGAUCAAGGUGUCCGAGGAGUUCCUGGAGCUGGCCUUCUUCGAGCUGAGGGACAUCAUUGAGAAGGAUGAGCUGAACGUCAAGCAGGAGGACGUGGUCUUCGAAGGCAUCUUGAAAUGGAUCUCCCACCUGCCCGAGCACCGGAAGCAGUUCAUCUCCACGCUGCUCCCCAAGGUGCGGCUGUCCUUGAUGAACGCGGAGUACUUCAUGAACAACGUGAAGAACAAUGACUACGUGAAGGAUAGCGAGGACUGCAAACCCAUCAUCAUUAAUGCACUCAAGGCCAUGUAUGACCUCAACAUGCACGGCCCGUCCAACUCCGACUUCCGCAACCCCUUGACGCGCCCGCGGCUGCCCUAUGCCAUCUUGUUCUCUAUCGGGGGCUGGAGCGGGGGCAGCCCCACCAAUGCCAUCGAGGCAUACGACGCACGGGCCGACCGCUGGGUCAACGUCACCUGUGAGGAGGAGAGCCCACGGGCUUACCACGGUGCCGCCUACCUCAAGGGCUUCGUCUACUGCAUUGGUGGCUUUGACAGCGUUGACUACUUCAACAGCGUGCGCAAGUUCGACCCGGUGAGGCGGACUUGGCACCAGGUGGCACCCAUGCACUCACGUCGCUGCUACGUCAGCGUGACGGUGCUGGAUGAUUACAUCUACGCCAUGGGUGGCUUCGACGGCUAUGUGCGGCUCAACACAGCAGAACGUUAUGAGCCCGAGACCAAUCAGUGGACUCUCAUCUCACCCAUGCAUGAGCAGAGGAGCGACGCUAGCGCCACCACGCUCCAUGGCAAGGUGUAUAUUUGCGGAGGCUUUAACGGGAAUGAAUGCUUGUUCACAGCUGAAAUGUACAGCCCUGAAACGAACCAGUGGACAAUCAUCACCCCAAUGAGGAGCAGGCGCAGUGGGGUGGGGGUAAUUGCAUAUGGGGAGCAGGUCUAUGCGGUAGGGGGCUUUGAUGGAGCAAACCGCCUGCGCAACGCAGAGGCCUACAGCCCGCUGACCAACACUUGGCGCUCGGUACCCACAAUGUUCAACCCUCGCAGCAACUUCGGCAUCGAGGUGGUGGAUGAGCUGCUCUUCGUGGUGGGCGGCUUCAAUGGCUUCACCACCACCUUCAACGUGGAGUGCUACGACGAGAAGACUGACGAGUGGUACGACGGCCACGACAUGAGCAUCUACCGCAGCGCACUGAGCUGCUGUGUGGUCCCCGGGCUGCCCAACGUACGGGUGUACGCCGCGCCCCGGGAUGCCCUGCCCCACCUCGCACAGCGAGAUGAGCUCAAACUGUCCGCUUCCACCAGCCUCCUCUCAGCCUGA